AUUUGCUGUUCUUGCUAAGCAGGAUGGUGUCAGUAUUCAGCUUAAUAAUCCCUAUUUUGGGGUUUAUGGUGCGAUGCGAUGCUCAGCCUGCGGUUGGAGGAAGUUUUGCGGAAGUAAAAAUUUCGUCCGGAAUCGUGCGGGGUAGAGAAAGAACUGGGCCAGGUGGAAUAACGUAUUUCAGUUUCCCUGCGAUUCCAUACGCAAGCGCACCAGUGGGACCAUUCAGGUUCAAGGCACCAAGUUCAGUCCCUGUCUGGAAUGGCGUCCUCGAUGUCAGCUCAAAAUCCGUCCCGGUCUGUAUGCACAUGGAACUCAUCACCAAACAAGUAGUUGGCGUCGAAGAUUGUCUGGUCGUCAAUGUUUUCACUCCGGCGAAUUUGAAGGAGAAAGUGGAGCCUGAGCUCCCGGUCAUGGUCUACAUCCAUGGAGGUGGUUACGUUGCAGGUAGCAGCACGACCGACCUUUUCAGCCCUGGCCAUUUGGUGUCCCGCAACGUCAUCAUGGUGUCUUUGAAUUACAGAUUGUCGUCUUUAGGCUUCCUGUCUACCGAAGACCAUUCAGCACCAGGAAACUAUGGGAUCUUGGACCAGAUUGAAGCUCUCAACUGGGUUCAGAAGAACAUCCACGCCUUUGGCGGGGAUCCGAAACAAGUGACCAUUUUUGGAAUCAGCGCCGGAGGAUCAAGUGUGCACAAUUUGAUCCUGUCGCCUCUUGCAAAAGGCUUGUUCAAGUACGCUAUUUCUCAGAGUGGUACGUCACUUUGUGAUUGGGCAAUCGCCGAUGCGCCGUUGGCGAACACGAAGAGACUCGCGGAACUUCUGGAUUGCCCCACGGAUACUUCGAAGAAAAUGUUGCAUUGUUUACGACGGGCUCCUGCCAAAGAACUCGUCAGAAUUGUGGGCAGCUUUCAUAAAUGGUUCCUCCUUCCACUGGCUUUCGGUCCAGUUGUGGACAGUAAUUACAGUGAAGAUCCAAUCUUUCCUAGAGCCCCGGUGGAUUUAUUGGCAACUGGUGACUUCAAUAGGGUGCCUUGGAUUACGGGAGUCACGGAAGAUGAAGGCUAUUGCAUGUCAGCUUUUGCAUUCCUGAACUCGACACUCGCCCGGAAGCUGGAUACAGAAUGGCUUCAAUACUGUCCUUUAAUCCUCGACAUCGAAAACACCGUGGAAAUGGAUAAAAUGGACGAAGUUUGUUUGAAAAUCAAAGAGCAAUACUUUGGCAAUGCUACGGUUUCCGAGAACCUGCAUCUAUUGACUAAAAUGGCUGGUGAACGUUCCUUCAAGAGCUGCGCGAAAUUGAGUGCAGAUUUGCAGAGCAGAUUCAGUCCCGUUUAUUUGUAUACUUUUGAAUACGAAGGAACCUUGGGAUGGUUGGAUUUAGUGAUCGGAGCUACGAAACUCGGAGGAAACAUCAAAGGAUUGAAUUUGUCUAAACCGAAAGGCAAGUUUUCAUCGCUUCGAAUGUUUAUAAUAAAUGGGAAGUUUCGAGUUGCGCAUGCAGAUGACAUGUUUUACCUGUUUGAUAUGCCGUGGUUUCACUCAGUUCCAAGAACCGAAUCCGACAAGAAGGUUUUGGCAAAUUUCGUGGACCUGUGGACGAAUUUUGCGAAAUUCGGCGAUCCUACUCCAGACACCGACGCCAAUAAAUUCCCUCUCCGUUGGCCCAAAUACGAUCCUCAGAAUAAAAACGCGAUUCGUUGCGUGAUCAAUGAAGAAUUGAGUUUGAGUGAUGCUAGUCUCAUUGACGACACUGCGGAUCAAUUCUGGCGUUCUUUGCCCAUCCGCGAAAACAUUCCAAAGUUGUGGAAGCGAGAAGAGCUUUGAUGCUGACGAGAGUAUGAUAUGUCGCAAGCAUCCUGUUUGGUUUUUUGUGCAAUUCAUUAUGAUUCGUCAGGGACGAAAUUGGGAUAAGUUCCGGUUGGGAUCAUUCUGUGCACGUUGUUUUUUUUUUUUUGUGGUCCCUCUGAUAUGCCUUGGUGUUCAUAUGAGCAAAGCAUUCAUAAUUGUUCGUCAUCGGGGUUGCGAGUGCCUUGCUGCUGUCGCUUCUGUGUUCUGUACGUGGUAUUCGGGAAGAAUGAAGGGGACACUUAUUUGGAUUCUUUGGAGCGUCUGGUUUCUUGAUGCGUGUUUUGCGUUGGGGAGACAAGAUGGUCAGCAAGACUGUGUCAGGGUUGUCGAAGUGACCAUGGAUGUCGGGAAGGUUCUGGGGAUGGAGAAAAAGGGGCUCGGAGGAAGCAAGUAUUUCAGCUUCACCGGGAUUCCCUAUGCGAGUGCCCCUGUGGGUGAUUUGAGAUUCAAACCACCAAUUCCUGCAGCGUCAUGGGACACGGUCUUGGAUGCCAGCAACCGGGAAAUCCCAUUCUGCAUCCAUUUUGAUGUCUUCAAAAAGCAAGUUGUGGGAACAGAAGACUGUUUAGUCAUCAAUGUUUUCACUCCUGUUGAUUUGCUGGCAGAGCAUGAAGAUGUUUCAGUCAUGGUCUGGAUUCAUGGAGGAGGUUAUGUUCAGGGUAGCAGCAGGACAAGUUUGUACAGUCCUGAGCAUUUUGUUAGCAGAGGGGUUGUGAUGGUCUCCUUCAACUACAGACUAUCAUCACUAGGGUUUCUUUCAACUGGAGAUUCUUCAAGUCCUGGGAAUUAUGGAAUCCUGGAUCAAGUUCUGGCUCUGAAAUGGGUCCAGAAGAAUAUCCAAGUUUUUGGAGGUGACCCGAAUAAGGUCACCAUAUUUGGAGUCAGUGCUGGAGGCAGUAGUGUGCACAACCUGGUCCUCUCUCCUCUGGCCAAAGGUUUGUUUCAUGCAGCAAUAGCGCAGAGUGGAAGCACAAUGUGUCCCAGUGGUCUUCAGGAAAAUGGACUUGGAAAUGCUAGGAAAUUGGGAAUGCUUUUGAAUUGCCCAGUGAGUGUCACCAGGGAUUUGAUUCACUGUCUCAGAACUGCUCAUGCUGAGGACAUAGUGAAAGCUGCUGGAAGUUUUCAUAAAUGGUUCAUAUUUCCCACCUCAUUUGGUCCUGUGGUUGAUUCCUUCAAUGAGGACCCUGUGUUCCCAAGGGCUCCAGUGGACUUAAUGGCUACUGGGAAUUUCAACAGAGUGCCUUUCAUAACUGGAUUCACAAAGGAUGAGGGCCUUGUUAUGUCACACAAGGCUUUUUUAAAUUCAACUUUGGCCAGUGAACUGGACACAAAUUGGCUGUCAUAUUGCCCUGUCCUUCUGGAAAUUUUGGAUACUGUUGAUGCUGACAAGAUGGCUGAUGUGUGCAGGAGAACCAAGAUGCAUUACUUUGGCAAUCAGCAAAUUUCAGAGGACCUAGAGCAACUAACUGAGAUGACUGGAGACAGAGGCUUCAAAUUCUGUGCAAAAAAGUCUGCUGAGCUUUACAGCAGGUACUCGCCUGUGUACUUUUACACAUUUGAGCAUGAGGGCACCUUGGGUUGGAUGGAUCUUGUACUCCAUAAAUUGAACACCAGUGGAAACAUUGCUGGGCUGAACCUCACUAAACCAAAAGGUACCUCAUUCACAGG